AUGGCGGAUACGACGAUCUCAAAUCCUAGUAUGGAGCCUCUGUUUUUCUCUGUUGAUCCAAUGUCUCUUAUACUCUCUCAAAACUCAGACACACAUCAGCUUAAACUCUUGUUAGACGGUUUCUCCGGUUUCGAGAGAGGACCAAGAUACGACGAAUACUCGAGAUUGCGUGAAUCAAAGCUCCGCAUGAAACGAGAUUUCCAGAGAUUUCUCCAGGAAGAAGAAGAAGAAGAGCCGAGGAAAAAACAAGUGAGAUUCGAGGGUAUUUCAGUAACUUCACGAGAAGUAGAACAAGAGAAAAUUUCUCCGAUGAAGAAACAGACGCGAUUCGGGUUUUCCCCGAUGAAAAAAGCUCCGUCUUCUUCGUUGGCUCAAUCGGUUCCUGAUUUCUCAGCGGUGAUACGUAAAGAGAAUCGCCGUCCGGUUAAUUUCAACACUACUACUCCGCCGCCGCCGUCUUCGAAGAGCAGAUGCGGCGGCGUUUUGGCGGGAUCGGCUUCUUCUUCCGCCGCCGCGAGAGGGAGCAAAUCGGCGAGUGCAGGGGAGAAGAAGAGUAAAGGUAUGAUGAUGGGUAUGGCGCGUAAGAGCUACGCAAAUGUUGAGGAUCUCAAGAAGAUUUCAGUUGCUGCCGCUUCUGCCAUUAACGGCGGCGGAGCAGGAGGGAGAAAAACCGGUGGCGUUGGCGGUGGCCGGACUAUUCUUGGUUACAGACAGAUUUACUGA